AUGGCGAAUAACCAUUUCUUCAAGCCUCUUCUUCCAGGCUUUCACAGCCAUUUGACAAUUCCUGAAGCCUUCUUGAAGUACAUAGAAGGAAGAAAUGAGCAAACGAUGGCUAAGCUGAGAUCAAACGCGUCCAAGAUAAUCUGGGAAGUGAAGGUAGAAGAAGAUGGCCAGAGACUCACUGAUGGUUGGAAAGAGUUUGCUCUUGCACACGAUCUUCGAAUCGGUGACAUUGUCGUUUUCAGACAAGAGAGAAACAUGAAUUUCCAUGUGACACUGUUGGGACCUAGUUGUUGUGAGAUCCAAUAUGGAUCAUGUUUAGACAACGAGAACGAGAACAACCUCGAGUCCGUAGAAGACGAAGAAGAGAGCUCAGAAGGUGAUGAAAUAGAGUCUCUGUCCACAGAAUCGGAAAGCAAUCAAGAGAGCAACUUCGAGAAGAUUCAAAGGAAGAAGAAAGUGAAGAAGCAUCCAAGAAGAGAAGCUUCAUCUUCACUAGAUCCCUCUUGUUUUGUGGCUAAUGUCUCACAUGCGACCUUACGUUAUGACAAACUGAAUCUUCCAAGGACUUUUGCGAGGGGAAAUGGUCUGGACACAAGAAUGGGAGAGAUUGUCCUGAUGAACGAAAAGGGUAAGUCAUGGACCUUAGAUUUAAAAGGAAAGAAAUCUUACGGAACUGUUUAUAUCAAACGAGGGUGGAGAAGUUUCUGUCAUGCCAAUGGCCUUAAAGCUGGAGGUUUCUUCACUUUCAAACUGAUCCAAAGAGGAGGAACUCCGGUUCUACGAUUAUUGUCUGAAGAACCCGAAGAAGAAUAG